AUGUCCUUCUUCCACGAUGGGCAGCCCUCUACGGGCGAUUAUGCCAUCAACUCCUACCCUGCCCAUGAACAGCCGUCUCACUUCGCUGCGUUCCCACCAGCCGGAGCUCCUGUGUAUCCCUUCGUGGAUCCAACGACUCAAUCGCAGAUGUACGGCCGCCCAUCCUACACCGACAUGGCGCCUGCGUCCAUGGGUGGCGGCAUGGAGCACCCCGUCUGGCAAGCGCCUCAGGCUCCCAGGCUCACCGCAGCUGCUGCGCGAGCUGGCCGACAGCCCAUGAUGGGCUACGCCGCUGCUGGAUAUGCUCCCGCACACGGUGCCAACCCUUGGUAUGCCCCGUAUCAACAGCCGCGAACCCAUCAGCAACUCGAGCACCAGCUUUUGGUGCAACAUCAUCUUGCCAAGGUGCAAGAGAGGCAGAAUGGUGCCUACCCGUACCAGCCUGCCUAUGGCCCUGGUCCCGUCGCGUAUCCUCAGCAGCAGCAGCCUGCUCAGUCGCGCUCUCAACAUCACUACCACCACCCUCAACAUGCCUAUCAAGCCGCCCCUGCCGCUAGCCAGAAUGGCUACAGCGACAGGCAGCACCGCUAUCACGACAACUGGGCAUCGGCAAGCUCUCAACGCGAAGAGCGUGUUCCAAAUGCGUCUCACGAUUGGUCAGGCUGGCAUCAAGGCUCGACUACCCAUCGAGGCUCGGUUGGCUACCUUCCUCAGCCCGACCACACGUACUCGAGGGAUCUUGCGCACGUCUCCCACCGCCACUCGGAAGACGCCGCUUCUCACGGCUCGGCAGCUUGGGGACUGCCCAGCCAUGCCAGAGCUUCUCAAGCGCACGCCUGGAAUCAGCCGCAGCAUUACACUCAGCAGGCCUACGCCAACGAUCGCCGCUCGCAGUCGGACUACCGCGAUGUAGCUGCUUCGCAUCGCUCACGCCACGAUCACCAUGACGAGCGUGCCCAGUUCACAAGAUCGCAAGAGCGCUUGCACGAUUAUGCUGAGCAUUCACAGCGACAUGGUCACAGCCAGAUGCGUUCUGGUCACCCCGACGCCUGGCGCCAACACGCUGAAGAGGCCCAAGCUCACUCCGAGGCGACGCACUGGCAAGCGCAGGUGGAGGAGCCUCGCGGCAUGCAGACGGACACCGCUGCCCCUGUCGUCGACGAGCGCGAGCGUGAAUCUGUCGAUGAGGCUGCGGACCAAGCUCCUGCUCCCGCGCCGUGCUCGCCUGGCUCCCUCGAGAAGUCUGCUUUGCCCAUUGCAGCGAUUGGUGCUCAGCUCAUCUGGAACGCGUGCGCCGCCCUCUUCGAUCCCGAGCUCCUCAUCGAAGCCCACGAGACGGCGGACGAGGCCAUGGAGGAGGACUGCGACGAUGCCAUGUCACCCGCUGCGGCAUCGAUGCCCUCUUCCUCCUCCACGCCAUCGCUCAACACGCCCGACAUUUCGCCCUGGGCCUCCACCGUGCUCGAUCGUGCUGCGGUCGAUUCGGCGAGUUCCGGCGACUGGAACGCCUUCCGAUCGCCCUUCGGUCCUGAGCGAUUGCCGCAGAUGCGUCCACAAGCCCACUCUUUCACCUUUGGCAGCGACCACACAUCUUCGCAGCACGAUCUGCAUCGCAUGGCCGUCGGUGCCGAGCGAGCUCGAUCUGCGAUGACGCGAGACGUCUCGCCGAGCAAACGAUCUCGCGAGGGCUCUGGUGACUCUGCGACCGCCGCAGGCCACAGCUCUGGCGCGAGCACAGCGAGCAGCUCCGAGCCAGGCACACCCGCCUCGCUGGCCCACAACAGCCCAGCGCUCAGCUCGACCGUGUCCGCACACUCUGUCGAGACAGCGCGCAGUCCUCUGCGUGCUGGCCUGGGUAUGUCGCUGGAUGGCUCGCGAUCCGAGUCUGCGAUUCGCCCUCGACGCAGCUCUUCCAAGGUCUCGCCCAAGCUGCCGUCGUCCAAGUGGUCUGGACGAAUCCGCGACAAUGUGCUCGCGGUUCUCCGUCUCGUCUCGCCCGAGUGGCGCUGGAGCAACAACGACCACCUCUUCGUUUCGCUUAGCGAGACGCUGCCCACCGCCACCGCCAAAGCGAGUCACAGUCCCAACCAGGGCCGAUCCGGCGGUCGAGACUCUGUCACGAGCAUUGUCACCUCGUACGCCAACGAGCCUAGUCCAGCCUUCAGGAGGUUUGUCCACCAGGUGCUCGCUCAGACUUUGCUUUCGCCUCCGGCGUUCCUCCUCGGCAUUCUCAACGCGCUUCGGCUGCUUGUCAUGUCGCAGCUGCCCGACGGAUCGAUCGACCCUGUUGUGCUCGAGCUGUUCGCUCAGCCCACAUCUGCUGCGCCGUUCAAGCUGUUCACCCUCGGCAUGAUGAUCGCCAACAAGCACCUCGACGACAACACGUUCCUCAACAAGACCUGGAACGAGGUCACGGGCAUCCCGCUCGCCGAGCUCAACCAGACCGAGGCUUGGUUCUUGAAGAAGUGCAACUACGAAGUCACUGUCCCCGACGAGACGUGGAUCGGCUUCCUGAACCGCCUGCAGUCGUGGGAGGCGAAGCGUUCCAGUCGUGGUAUGCACCGCGAUCAGGACUCCUCCAAGCGACUGCUGCUCGUCCUCGACGAGGCCCUCAGCCACUUUGACGCGAUCCCAGCUUUCCAGCUGGACGGUGAUGCGAUGCACGGGAAUACUCGCUCCGAAGCGACGUCACCCAUGGACAUGUGGAGCAAGUCGUAUCAUCGCGCUAGCCCACUGGCCAUGAUGGACGACGAACAGCACUGCCGCUCGGCACCUGCCGUCGCCACGCUGCUCUCCCACGAGUCGAACGCAGGCCCGCAAAGGUCAGGUCAUGCGUCGCGAGCGAGUCUUGCGAUCGACAACCCGUCGGCGACACUGCUGCGCACUGGCUCCGACUUUGUCACGGCCAACGGCUCGUUCAAGGACAUCAGCCCGCUGAGCGAAUCUGGCAAGAGCCAGAGCGGCAACAUGUCCGGUCCACUGAUGCCUUCGGCGCUGCUGAAUGGUCCACGUGGGUUGUUCCACCACAGCAGCAUGUUCGGACCUCUGGCGACGUCGGGCUGA